UUUAUUAGCAAACAUGGCUCUACAGACAGAAGACACCUGGAGAGCGACAAUCCCUGAGACACAGCCAAGUUCCACAGAGAAGCCCAAUGUGUCAAAAACCAUGAACUUAUGGACUCAAGCAGACAUCGUCCAGGAGACAGAGAGAUUCUGGGGCUCGGGGGAAGGAAGGUCUAUCUGACUUCUUCAGCAGGAGGACUUGGAAGGAGGGAGCAGGGAACCCAGGAGUUGGGAGGGUCUGCUGGGCUGCAUGCUGGGGAGGGGCUGUGGCUCCCUCCCUCCUGCCAGCAGCCCUUUGUGAUGAGGAGGCCACAGCUGUGUGAUGUGAGCCUGAGCCCUCCUGACAAGCCUCAUACUGUGCUCCCUGGACUCAGUUGCUUGAGAGCCUCAGUGAGAUUCAGAAGAUGGAGAGUUCUGUCCUUCAGCUGAAAAGCCUUAGUGACUCCUGGAUGAUUCUCAGCUCCAUUUUCAUAGAGAUGGACGUGAUCUUUGGUGUUAUGUGUGGAGUGGGGCUCUUCUUCCUACUGAUCCCCUUCCUGAAGAUUUACCCAGUGUCACCACCACCUGAGAGUGGAAAGAACACCCCAAAGGUGAGGAGGAGGAGGCAGAGCAAGACCAGGAAGAAAAAUGCUUCUGUAAAAGGUUGUAGCGAUGACAGAAAGAGUGUGGAAGAGAACCAGAAUCCAUCACAACCUGUGAAAAUCCCCAUCAACCCUCCUUUCCUGGACUCCACACCACACGCCUUUUGGAACUCUAAUAAGAAACAGGAUCAGCUUCCCAUCUCUCAGCUGCUGUCUUACCUCAAGGUCUUAGAGGAUCUUAUACAGAGGAAAUUUAGCCGAACUUUCUGGGGCAUGUCCUCUGUGCUCUCUGAGUCAGUGGUAGCUACUGCCUGGGUCUCCAGGAGACCUUCCUCUGUAGCAAACCAAACCUCACCAUUCUGUAAUACACAUGGCCCUUCCCCAGAUCUACCUCUGGGCCAAGGACCUCCACAGAUUUCUCAGUCCCAGCCAUUGUCCCACCAACUUGUGACACAAAACAUGGUGGGUGUGACAGAGGUCCAGACAUUCAACAGCCUCCCAAGCUCUAUACCAAACCUAAUGUCUUCUUCGUCCAAGAGCAGGGCCUGUGGAACAACAUGUUUUAACACUGGGAUGAAGGUAUUGGCAUCCUGGCAGCAGGAUCUGGAGUGGAAAGACACCAUAGGCUCUAAUGUCCAAAAUCAUCAAGCAGCCAUUAGCCGGCCCACUCACAACUUGCCCAGGGACAUCCCACCCGCUGAAGCUAUCAGGUCGGCCUCCAUCCCUCCUGAGCAUUGUCAGUUCCUCCAGCACCAUGAGGAGUCACAGAGUGAAUACAGGAUGACAGAGGUGAGAACACAAGGCCCCCCCUUCAGGUUCCUCCCAUCCCGGGAACUGACGCAGCUGCAGGGACGCUUCCCAGCAAACAGUCGUCGCCAGUCUAAGGACAAGCCUGAACUCCCCCAGCCUGCCCAGCCCUCCAUCCUCUACUACAAAAGCUGCAAGUUGAGUCAGAUGAUGGAGACUACGCCCUCAGGGAUGCCCUUAAAGAAGGACCCAGCAAAACGUAAAAUACACGACCCCAACAAGGAGGGCCCCAGUUUUAGGGCCAAAGCCUUGCCUUGCACUUCAAGCAGCACCCCUGGGCAGGGUCUGGAGCCCAGAAACCCUGAACUGAGGACAGAGCAGCAGUCCUAUGUGAACACCACCCAGGACCUUUCCUUCCUUGACCCCAAAACCCAAAGGAAGCUGGACUCAAGCAUCAAACAGCUUCCCGUGAAACGCAGAUGGAAAUCUUAUCUACAGACUCUUUUGUCAAGUGAUCUCACCCAACCAGGGGUUCCAGCCUCAUUCCGUCCCCAGCCUGUGUAUCCCACCUCACCCUCCUCUGUUUCUAAGUCAGAGUACUGUCCCAAGACUGCCACAAUCCUGGAAAAAUUGCAUCACCAAGAUCCAGGAGGGACAAGGGUAGAAACUGUGUCAGCGUCCAGGCUGCAGAGUCCUCUGUUUGCACACUCACCUUCAGAGGUUCAGAAGAUGCAAAGAGCCACUCCAGCAGCUGCCAGCCAUGGGCCUGCCAGGGCCCAUCCAGAUACAUGGCAGAGCAACCUAAGCACUCGAGCCAAAGAUUACUGUUUCCUGGCAAGAACCCAGAAGAGCAGGAUUGUCCAAGGGAUUGGAAAAGGCAGCCUGCAACCAAGGACCAGCCCAAGAAUGGUCAGAUAUGAACCAUGGAAGAGGUUUGAGAAUGUGGCCUCAAUACAUCCCUAUUGGAGUGGUACAAUGGUGGAUCCUGAAGUAAGGACCCCAUCUUCAGUGGCCAAACAGACCAACAGAAUAGUGGAGGUGAUAAGAGAGACACCUUCUCCAUGGAAAGUGAUCCUUGGGGCCAGCCAGAUUCCCAAUGGCCAAAAUAUCAAUAACAAUCUCAGAGACUUUGAAUCUGUAGAGGCCAAUAGAAACCCAGGCCAUUUCCAAACAUGUCCACAGCGCUCAAGUGGCCCGGCUCUAAAACCACAGGUGCUUAGAGAGGUUGGCUUCAAAUCAAAUAAGCAGCUGCCAUCAUGGCCUGCUAGGCUCCUUCCAGACAGUCAAAGUACUGUGUGCCCCACGACAGUCAGUUUGCCUACACAGCACUCAGUUCCCAGAUUCCAGAACAGAUCCAAAAAUCCCAAGACUUCUCAGGGCCUAGGUGAUGUAUUCAAGAGGACAGAUCAAACCCAAAAGACUCAGAAGCUCAGUGUCCCCAAGGAUAAGAUUCAAGCAAGUAAUCACAAAAUAUUUCCUCCCAGUGAAGAGAGGAAGGAUUGUAUGAGAUCCAGAGCCAAAAGCCAGGGAGAAAAUCUUGGGAGAAUGGGGCUCUCCCAAGCCUGGGGCCUCAAUUGCUCUACCCAACCCCAGGAUACAGUCAUUACUGAGAGUCAGCCCUGCCCUGAUAAGCCAGAAAACAAGCAGGCUCCUACAGGAAGCUUUCUCAAGAAAAUGGUAAGGAAUAUUCUACAAUACCUCAACCUCAGCACCAAAGACAAGAAGCAGGGGGAUUCUCUGAGGAAUGAGAGCACUCCACCAUCUACUAUACAGACUAGGGAGGUAAUCACAAAAGAGAAGCUCAUCUACAAUAUGACAGCCAGAGUGCAAUCUCUCAUGAAUGCUGUGACACAGGUCUUGAUCGACAGGCUGGGCCUUGAUAUAGAGGACCCAUCAAAGGUACAAUGGUGUACACUAGAAUCACUGACAUCCCAGCUGGGUGCCUCUUCCUGCUUUUCUGAGGGUCUCUAUGACACAAAGAAAAGCAGAACAGUGGGGAAAAUGAGCUUUGGUCCCCACACCAGUUCCAAAGGACACAACCAUCCACUCAGAUACAGCGGAAUUGGAGACAAACAGCAGUUGAGUGUUGAUGCCCAGAAAGCCUGUGAUCAACAUCAGAACAGAGUGAAGACAGGAAUGGACUUCAACCAACUCCCCACCCUCAAGGGGAAGAGCCAUCCACUCCUGUACAGGAGAACUGGAGACAAGCGGCCGCCAGGCACAGCUAGCAAAACAGCCUGUGACACCGAUCAAAGUAGAGUGAAGAGUGGAAUGGCCUACGGUCCACACAGCAACCCCAAGGGGCACAACCACCCAUUCGUAUACAGAGAAAUUGGAAACAAACAACAGUCGGGCGUUGUUCGUAGAGCCUGUGACCCACAUCAAAGUACGAAAAAAGUAAUAGGCUAUGGCCAUCUCAACAGCCUCAAGGAGAAUGAUCAUUGGGUCAUGUACAGAAGAACUGGAGACAAGGAGCAGUCAUAUGCUGCUGCCCAGAGAGCUGGUCACCCCAAAUGGACUUUAUCAGCACAGGCCAAGGUGCAGGUGUCUCAGGACACCUUGACCUUUGCUCACUAGUAAGUCUUCCAAAAGCUGUCUCAUCCCUCAGCCAUUGUUUGCCCCCAUGCUUUCCUAGUAAUAAACGUUGGAUUUUUCC